GAGAGAGAGAAACGGAGAGAGAAGCGGAGAGAGACAGAGAGAGAUGUGGAGGUUGGGGGUGGUCCAGGCUGAGCAAACUGGCUGCUCAACAUAUACCUCACACUCUACCACCUACGCACAUUAUUUAUGAAAAUCUGCUUGGUGGACGUAGAUGCUACGAUCGGUGGUCUCCUUUUCAGUUUCUCCAGAGUUACCUAUAUUUUGACAAGUAGCUUCUACAAACAUGAUCGCCUUUGAGUAGUAACAGCGCGCUCUGCUCUGUGGAGAUAUUUUUUCUUUUUCUCUCUUCGCUAUUCAGAUGGCAGAGGAGGGAAUUCAGGGCAGAUGCCUCCCAUGGAUUUUCCUUUUAGAGGAAAUGGGACCUAACCUUUGUGACUGGAACUACUGUACUGAACCGCGCAUUUGCAGUCCCUCUAUGUGGUCCUCGCCUGUGAUUCUGUAAUACAUUCGUCAAUAAGACAGGAUCAAAACAGACUGCAGUGUCUAAAUGAAGUUCAGCCAUGCAAUGUUCCUGGAAGGCUGUGAUUCUGCUAGCCUUGGCAUCCAUAGCUAUCCAGUACACAGCAAUCAGAACUUUCACAGCUAAGCCCUUUCACAUCUGCCCAGUGCCAAACCCUCUGAACUGUGGCCUGGGCCAGGAGACGGAGGCCUUUGAGCGUAUCUGUGAUGAGUAUCCCUACUUCACUUAUAAUGUCUCCAGAAAGACCCACAUCCUCAUCUUGGCCACCACCAGAAGUGGCUCCUCAUUUGUGGGCCAGCUCUUUAACCAACACUCAGAUGUGUUCUACCUUUUUGAGCCUUUAUAUCACGUACAGACAACUCUUAUUCCCCGCCUCUCACACAGUAAAAGCACAGCUGACCGGAGGGUAAUGUUGGGGGCCAGCAGGGACCUAUUGCGAAGCCUAUAUGGAUGUGACCUCUACUUCCUGGAAAGCUACAUCAAGCCUCCACCGGUAAACCACACCACAGAUAAACUCUUUCGCCGGGGUGCCAGUAAAGCUCUCUGCUCCCCGCCAGUAUGCGAUGUCUUUGGUCCGAGCGAGGUCAACAUUGAAGAAGGUGACUGCGUCAAAAAAUGCAGCACACUCAACAUGACCCUAGCUACUGACUCGUGCAAAGAGCGACGACAUGUUGCCAUCAAGAUUGUGCGGGUGCCAGAGAUCGGAGACUUGAAGGCCCUAGUGGAAGAUCCACGACUCAACCUGAAGAUCAUCCAGCUGGUGAGGGACCCACGGGGUAUCUUGUCGUCCAGGAUUGAAACUUUCCGGGACACCUACCGACUAUGGCGGAUCUGGAGGGCAACAGGUAGGAAACCGUAUAACUUGGAUCUGACCCAGCUGACUGUGGUUUGUGAGGAUUUCCUCAAUUCAGUUUCCACAGGCCUGAGCAGGCCGCACUGGCUCAAAGGGAAAUAUAUGCUGGUGAGGUACGAGGACUUAGCUAGGAACCCGCUGGAAAAGACCAAGGAGAUUUACCAAUUCUUGGGCAUGACUAUGGACAAAAAUGUGAUCAAAUGGAUACAGAUCAACACUCGAGGCAGCAAUGAAUUAUCUGCAAAGCAUAAGUAUGGUACAGUGAGGGACUCGGCGGCCAAUGCUGAAAGCUGGAGGCUAAAACUGUCAUACGACAUGGUUGAGUACACACAGACUGUGUGUCCACAAGUUCUACAUCGGCUGGGUUACAAGACCGUCAAUUCCUCUGAGGAACUCAAAAAUAUGUCUCUCACACUUGUGCAAGACAGAACUUUUGUACCAUUUUUGUAACAAACGUAGUUGUGGACAACUAUUUUUGAUAUAUUUAUAAAUGUUGCCUUAAUUCUUUCAGAUUUGCACUAUAGAAAACCAUGAAGGAAUCUCGGUGAUACCCCGACUUAAGAACAGCACAACAAAUUUAAACGUAUAAUGCUGUUUACAGAUUUCAAUCAUUGUUUAGUGAUUUCUAAGAGACCAUUAUGUUUACUUCAGUGAUAUGAACCAAUCUAAAGCACCGUCCCUCUUAAAAAUUAGUGUAUGCUGGCUGUUGCAUUGACAAAAGUGAAUGUUGCCAUUUCUCCAUAUGAAAUAAUUGGAUCUACAGUACAAUAUUGUUAGGAAAUGUACUUAUUACCUGUGACUGAACUUCUGAAAUGUACGACAACAACUGUGCAAUAAAAAUGUGAAUGUUACAGUCUAA